UUCCUUUUUGUUCCGAACCUAAUAGGUUAUUCUCGAAUCAUUCUAGCAGCAGUUUCAUUACAUUAUAUGUCAUAUCAUCCAAAGUAUUGUACAAUUGCAUAUUUGAUUUCACAACUUUUGGAUGCAGUAGAUGGUCAAGCUGCUAGGGCUUUGGGACAAACUAGUAGGUUUGGUGCUGUCCUGGAUAUGGUCACCGAUCGGAUAUAUUCUAUACAAGAUUGCACGGUGUUAGUUGUUGUUUCGUUUUUGGUUACACGGCCAAUGAUAAAUGAUCUUACCCAUCUGUCCGAUUUGACGUCGUAUAUACGCAAACACUGUUCUAUGGUUGCAGGAUCAAAAUCACACAAAACUGUCUCAAAGAAACAAAGUCGAAUCUUACAUUCAUACUACACAAACUCAAAUACACUCUUCAUCUUUUGCGCAUGUAAUGAAAUCUUUUUCGUUUGUUUAUACUUAGCACAUUGGUAUAAACCUAUCAUCAACUCCACAUUAACUUUUAAUUUAACUUGGCCUGAAUUAAUGGCAAUCUUAAUGUUUCCAAUUUGUUUUGGUAAACAAAUCAUAAAUGUAAUUCAAUUUUGGAAAGCUUCUAGAUUAUUGGUUUUAUUUGAUCAAGAAGAAAGAUGGAAAAAUUCAAAUCUUAAAACUUCUUAA